AUGUCCUCUUCAGACAUUUGGUCUCGCCGAGACUCUUGGCCACCUACACAGGUGCGCCUUGCCCGCUCGCCACCAAAACAGAGCGAGCCUCGUCCCCUUCUUGAAGACAUCGACGAGAACCCGCUCACCUACUUCCUCACACCUGCGGACAACGACGACUACAUGGACGACUAUGGCGCCGACGACAUGCUCUUUGACGCCGGCAUCGAGGACUCCAACAAUCCACCCGAGUUUGUUCGUUCCGUGAGCCCCUCAACACUCGACGGGCUCUCCAAGCUCCGGGCCAAAAGCGCCUCGCCAGACUUUGAUUCCGACGGCGUGACUACAGACGACGAGGCCGACGAGGAGGACUACAUCCGUUUCUCGCCUCCCAGCUCCUCGUUCCUGACGCCGUUCAGAGGCCUGUCCGUCGAAAACUUCAAACUUCGCUCCAAGAGCCCGCCGUUCGGGCGGCCCAACGGCUUCUUGCCCCCCGCGGCUUCUUUCCCGGCUCCAUCAUCGCCGCCGCGUGGCAGGCCUCGUCAGGCGCUUACCCGGAGCUACUCGGCUGGAAGUAGACUGCCUCCCCGGGCACGACGGCUCUGGCGUGAACCCAGCCCGGAUGUGUGGUCCAUUGAGGAAGAAACUGCCGAGGACCUCAUCAUGGAUCGGCCGUCAACUACGACGCCCGCUCUCGCACGGAAUAAUCAGCUUGUACAGGGGGAGGCUGCAAAGCCCAAGAAGAAGGUUCGCUUUCUGCUCCCUCCUAGGGAGCAAAUUGCUUGA